AUGUGUAACUGUAACACUUUUUUCUUGCGAUAUGGGUUCGCCGAGCACGUGGACGAGGAGGCGAACAGCACGCCGUGGACCUAUCCUGUGGAAAAACGUCCCCACCCCAUAGUCAAGUUGGUAAAUCUGCAACACAAAUCUCCAAGUUUUGGGAGUUAUGCAUGGCAAGCUUCCACCUGUAAUGUAGUAGUGUUUAGCGAGGACAGCCGUAUCACCAAGACGCAACCUUAUCCUGUUUACAGCAUUAAAAAUCUCACAACACGACUACAAAGUCCUCUCACGCGGAUGCGCAUUACAGAUGUUUCUGCGGAGGCAAAUCUGCAUGACAUCACAACUAUCUACGCAGUAGCAUGGCUAUACUGGCCGUUUCUUCGCCGCGCGCUUUCACACCAGCGUGGCCAUAUUUGCAGGCUUUCUUUUGCAUAA